AGGAAUAAACAUCCGGAAGAUAGCGGCCAGCUAGAAUAAGUACUGAUUUAUUUUAGCGUUACUUUUUCUUUCUUUGCUGGUUAUGCAGUUGUUGGAAAUAAGUUAAAGAUUUUAAUUCGCAGUUUUUAGAUCAUUUUCUCUUCUAAAUUCAAGAUUAGAUGAAGAUGGAAUCAAAACGUUCAAAUGUACAGCAUUCUGGGGGAUGUCACUGUGGAGCAGUUCGUUUUGUUGCUUUAGGUCCUCCUAGGGUGAAGGUUUAUAAAUGCAAUUGCAGCAUAUGUUCAAAGAAACAAAUAAAGGGAUUUUUUGUUCCGCAAGAAAAUUUUUCACUUUUAAAGGGAAAGGAUGAUUUAUCUGAAUAUACUUUCAAUACUGGAAUUGCUAAGCAUUAUUUUUGCAAAGUGUGUGGUGUUCAGAGCUUUUACAAACCACGUUCAAAUCCUACUGGAAUGAGUAUUAUGAUUUAUUGUCUAGAUUCUGGAACAAUAGAAGAUGUGGAAGAAAUUGAAUUUGAUGGCCAAAAUUGGGAGGCUUCAAUGAAAAAGAAUCCACCUAUUUGUAGCCAUUAGGUGUAUGAGUUUCUGUCACAGAUUUUUAGAGCUGAAAUUUAUAUUAAAAUAGGUAUUUGAGAUAAAGCAAUUCUAGAUCAAUCAUUGAUGCUAUAUUUAAUAAAAAUAACACUCAGAAAAACUAGAGUUGAUGUAAAUUCUACAAGGGAGAUGAAAUAAUAGUACCUAAGUUUGAAGUUCUGUAUUCAGAAUUUGGAGGCAUUCUUUUAUUUCGUUUUGAUAUGUAAAACUUUAUUCUACAUGUAGUGCCUUCUUUGCUAUGCUCCACUAUUGUAGAAUAUAAAAGAAAUUUAAAA